AUGAAGUCGCAUGUAGCUGACUGACGUCCAACCCCAUAACAGAUGAUGACAGAGAACAGUGUUAGUGUUAAACAUUGAUGCACAACACUGAUUGUUUCUAACGUUUUCAAUCGGUACUGCAAAGUGUAUGGAUUGCUUGUAGACAUUCCACGUUCAGAGGAUCAGGCCUAGCCGUUGCGAACAAUCGAGGUCCCAGUCGUAAACAAACAUGGAUUUCGAUGUCAGAAGAUUGGCAGCAGACGCUGGUACUUUACUCAGCCGUGCAGUUCAGUUCACAGAGGAGGUUCUUGGACAGGCUGAAAGAACUGAACUGGAUGGCCACUUGGAGAACCUUCUUACUAAGGCAGAGGCGACCCAGCAAUGGACAGAGAAAAUAAUGAAACAGACUGAAGUUUUAUUACAACCUAAUCCAAAUGUCAGAAUAGAGGAGUUCCUGUAUGAGAAACUGGAGAAAAUGCCUCCUGUGAGGCCAAACAACCUUGAGCUGCUUGGAGAAUGCAUGAUCGACUCUGGACAUGAGUUGGGUCCUGGAACAGCAUAUGGAAAUGCUUUAGUCAAGUGUGGUGAGGUUGAGAAGCAACUGGGGAGUGCUGAGCGAGAAUAUAGCCAGUCAUUGGCCAUCAACUUCAUCACACCUCUGAGGAACUUCAUCGAAGGGGACUGUAAAAUUCUUGCAAGGGAGCGCAAGCUUCUGCAGAAUAAACGCUUGGAUUUGGAUGCUGCUAAAACACGUCUGAAGAAGGCCAAAGAAGCAGAUACCCGGUCUACACAACUUAACUCCACCCCUCCACUGGGAGAGGAGUAUGUGGCACACUUUUCCUACAUGUUCAGCUUCUUGCAUGUCAGAUGGCUUAAGAUGUGGGCUGAGGAGGUGUCACAGGCAGAGACAGAACUGAGGAUUUCCCAGAGUGAGUUUGAUCGACAGGCUGAGAUGACCCGGCUGCUCCUGGAGGGACUCAGCAGCACUCAUACACACCAUCUUCGCUGUUUAACUGACUUUGUGGACACUCAAACAACAUACUAUGAACAGUGCCACCUGUACAUGGGCAACCUGCAGAAACAAUUGGGAAGUUUUUCGUCUGUGUUCUGUGCCAACAACAAUCAACCCUCCGUGAAUGCUGCCCUGGAUGGUUCCUCUCCACCCUUAACCUCCACAGAAUCGGGGGCCACUGUUCUGCCACCUCCUGUCUCUGGCCACUCCUCCCCUUCUGUUAGGGAGCUGCACCUCUCCAAUGGCACAUGUAAGGCCCGUGUGCUCUACAAUUACAGUGCUGCAUCCAGCUCGGAGCUCUCUCUGUUGGCCGAUGAGGUAAUAACUGUGAGCAGUGUGCCUGACAUGGAUUCUGACUGGUUGAUGGGAGAGCGAGAUAACAAGAAAGGAAAAGUACCAAUCACCUACCUCCAGCUGCAGAGCUGAAGCACUGCCUGUUGCAGAAUUGAAACUUUCCAUCAAUGAGAUGGACAAAAGCAAUAGGACUCACCUGUAGCACUGCCAUAUCUUAUGAAUGAGAAGUAUCAGUAUUUAGAUAUUGUUGGUCUGUUUUUUGUCAAUGUGCCAAAACAUUUUUAAAAAUAAAAAUAUUAUCUUUAAACAGACAACUGCCAUGCAGUGAUGUGCCUAAAAUCAGUGGUGGAUUUACAAUUUUCCUUAUACGCUGUGGCUAAAGAAAAGUUACUUUGAAUCAUGAUUAGUAAUGUAGGUUGCAGUUUAUAGGAUUGUUGUAUGUUUAAGGGGUUCAAGAAUAAUAUAAAAGGAUAUAAUCAUUUGCAUUCAUGUAUCAGCAGUAAUUCUGUAUAAUCAGGUAAUCAACAUUGUGACUAGUUUGUUGUUCUAAACAUUCAUUAUUAUGCAAACACGUAUCAUUUUAUGAAAAUCCAAGCUAGAACCGGCACUGCCUAAAAUAAAUAUUUGAAAAUUG